AUGUUCCGCCAUACUAGAGGCCAUCGCGGUCUUAUUCCUGCAGUAACCAAACGACUAAAGAGCACCACAGCUCCGAACCAAGCACCAGAGAGACAACCACUUCAAUCUAUUCUAAUCGCAAACAGAGGAGAGAUUGCUCUUCGAGUCGGCAAGACAGCUGCUCAAUACGGCAUCAGAACCACAACACUUUACACAGAUCCAGAUGCACACAGUCAACAUGCUUUGAGCUCUCCCUUUGCUAUCAAUCUCAGCGAUCCCAGCCAGUAUCUCAAUGGCGACCGAAUCAUACAAACAGCUCGCGAUCAUGGCUGUCAAGCCAUUCAUCCUGGUUACGGCUUCCUCAGUGAAAAUGCAGACUUCGCCAAAAAGUGUACCGAAGCUGGACUUCAAUUCAUUGGUCCUCCAUGGAAAGCUAUCGAGGCCAUGGGCGACAAGAGUCGAUCCAAGGAUAUCAUGACUAAAGCUGGUGUUCCCUGCAUUCCUGGUUAUCAUGGCACGAAUCAAGAUCCUGACUUCCUCAAACACCAAGCGGCACAGAUUGGCUACCCUGUCUUGCUUAAAGCUGUCAAGGGUGGAGGCGGUAAAGGCAUGCGCAUUUCCACAUCUCCUGAUGACUUUUUGGAUCAACUGGCUUCCGCGAAAUCUGAGGCUAUGAGCUCUUUCAGCGACGAUGUCAUGCUGGUUGAGAAGUACAUUACUACACCUCGCCAUAUCGAGGUCCAAGUCUUCGCAGACAAACACGGAAACUGUGUUGCGUUGGGCGAGAGAGAUUGUAGUAUCCAGAGAAGACAUCAAAAGAUCCUCGAAGAGUCACCGGCGCCUCAUCUGGACGAGGCCCUUCGGCAAGACCUUUGGGACAAGGCUCGAUCUGCUGCCCUCGCUGUUGCUUAUGAAGGGGCCGGUACAGUCGAGUUCAUCUUCGACAAUGACUCGGGCGAAUUCUUCUUCAUGGAAAUGAAUACUCGUCUACAGGUAGAACAUCCUGUUACCGAGAUGGUGACUGGUGAAGACUUGGUACACUGGCAGAUUCUUGUUGCAGAAGGAGGCAAAUUGCCUCUCACCCAGGAAGAGGUUCACGAGAGAAUCAAGGCUCGUGGUCAUGCGAUCGAAGCACGCAUAUACGCAGAAAAUCCGGACAUGAACUUUGUGCCAGAUUCGGGCAAACUCCUGCAUCUGAGAACUCCUGCAAUCACCGACACAGUCCGUAUCGAUGCAGGAUUUGCUGUCGGAGAUGAGGUCACAUCACACUAUGAUCCAAUGAUUGCGAAACUUAUUAUUCAAGGCCCUGAUAGACACGCAGCAUUGCAAAAGAUGAAGACUGCUCUCGAAAAAUACGAGAUUGCUGGGCCAAUCACCAAUAUUGAGUUUGUCAAGCGCAUGUGUGUCAGUCCCAGAUUCGUUGCGGGCGAAGUGGAAACCGGCUACAUCGAGAAGAACAAAGAUGAGUUGUUCCGCAAGGUCGAAGUCCCUGACGAAGCCUGGACCCAGGCAGCCGUUGGUCUCUAUAUCGCAGAGCAAGGUUCGAGCGAUAACAACUCUGUCUUGUCCUCUCAAACCAUUGGCUUUAACACUGGACUAUCUGGCCCAAGGACAUUCGACCUUGUGGAGAUUCCAGCCGACGGCAACAAUAGUAGUGCGACGUCUAUCACUGCAAGCGUCCAGCAUGUCGGCCCACACACUUUCUCCGUGUCGGUCGGAGGCCAACAAGCCCUUCAAGUCACCAGCAAGCUCGAUGAGAACAACAACAUCCUCCAAUCAUUCUACCCUCACACCAGACUCGAGACGAGGAUCAUCAGAGAUCCUGAGACAAAUAAGCUGAUCCUCUUCCAACAAGGGCGUCAGUAUCGACUACAGCUAGCAGUGCCUAGGUGGGCUGAGAAGGCCUUGGGCAUGAAAGAUGUGGCAAACAGCGUCUUGGCGCCCAUGCCUUGCAAGGUUCUUCGUGUAGAGGUGGAAGAGGGUGCGACGGUCACGAAGAACCAAGCACUUGUUGUGAUUGAGAGUAUGAAGAUGGAGACGGUCAUCAGGGCACCACAUAACGGCGUCAUUGCCAAAGUUGUACACAAGGCUGGAGAUCUGUGUAAAGCUGGUACGGCUCUGGUCGAGUUUGCGGGAGAAGGGGAAGAGAAGGCAUGA